AGAUAGAGUGAGCGAAUGUUAGUGUGGAAUCACUCCGAUCAUGCUGCAGGGCAGGAGGUGCUUUCGGAGCCUUCCAACAGCCACAAGUGAUCCGUCUCUCUCAGAUCUUUGGGCAGGUUCUGGAUACAGUUGGAUUACUACUGAGGGGAUACUACUCAUGUGCUUUCAAGUUUGGAGACUUUGAGCAGGUUUUCAAAGCUUGAACUGAACCUGAUCUGCAGCUAUCAAAUUUUUCAACAGUUUGGCUUCAGCUGCACGGAUAUUCUUUUUGUCUACCUGUGAAGUGAUUCAAGUUGUGAAGUUCCCCUUUUAAAUGCAAAGAAUUUGUGGAAUAUGGGACAUUUUGUUGUUCAGGAUUUGCCAUGGAUUCUCUGUUCACUUCGACUUGUCAUUAUGAUAAUUGCUGGUAAAGUUUCCCCUACCAGUUCAGAUGCCCUCUUCAGUGUCCCGGUUACUAGUACCAUCUCCAGCCCACCAGAAGUUUACCUCCCUGCCAACUUUAAGCUCUCCAACACACAGUUGGCCUUCUUUCUCCAAGAGGCCCGAGUUCCACCAUAUGGCAGCCAACGUGGACACCCUCUUCAGCGUUCAGAAAGUUUUGUGGUCUUUCAGACCAAAGAACUGCCUGCAAUCAACAUCUCACUUGGACCUUUCACCCAAGACCAGACAUUGUCCAAGGACCUACUGCAACCGUCAAGUCCUUUGGACAUUCCUGGACGGGUGACAGUCAACUGGAAGGUCCGGGCCUUUAUUGUACAGUCUAGAGUUUUUGCUAGUAACCCAUUGGUUCAGGUGCUGUUCUAUAUCGCAGGACGGGACUGGGAUGACUUCAAGAUUCAGGACAAGCUUCCAUGUGUGAGGCUGCAUGCUUUUAGAGAUGUUCGGGAGAUCAAAACUUCCUGCAGGCUUCAAGGGAAUCUGGCGCAGUGCUUGGCCCAACUGGAUCUCCCUUCCACAUGGUUUAAUGUUAAUGUAGCACCACUGGGUCGCAGAAAGUUCUCGGGGACAGAUGGACUUGAGUUAAGUGGGGAGACCCUUCAAGUAGAGCUUUACUAUACUCUCCAUGAUCCAGACAGCAAUGAUGAAUGUGGGGAGAGCUACCCACGCCAAGGAGGGGCAUCCAGAGGGGAGAGCUCAUCCCAACAACCCCUUCUCCGUAUUGGGAGCAUCAGUUUGUACCAGCCCAGUCAGGAACAACUAGUGGUUGACAAACAGCUUGACAAGAACCUCUUUCUGAGGCUACCAGAGAGGCCAUUAAAGCCAGGAGAGACCCUCAACAUCUACCUGCUUCUGGUCCCAAAUGCUACUGUGGAGCAGUUUACACUCAGGGGGGGGGGCGGUUCUAGCAGGGCUUAUACUUAA